GCAGACGUUCCAAGCGCCGCUUGGAACGUCUGCUACGAAGGCUACAUACAGUGUGCGCAGAAUGCAGUUUGCCACAUUUCGCAGUUAAUGAAUGUCUUUAGUUUUCUAGACAAAUCACCAGAUAUUGUGCUUAUGAAAGCUGAUAAUUAAAUGUCAAGAAAUAAUUGAUGUUUUCAUUCAAAACGACAUUUUUUGCAAGGUAGUUACAAAUUGCAGUUAUGAAUUAUUUUCCACGUCAUGAUCCAUUGCGUAGCAGGCCACUUCAUAAGUUAUUCCUGUUUAUCGGCAAGGUCAAGUUCUACAACUUUUAGCACGAAUACUACCCCCACUGCAAAUUAGUUCUGAACUAUAUCAUUCUUAGAGUAAGGAGGAUGAUAAAAUAAGGAGGAUGAUAAAAUGCCAGUGGUCAAGCCUCAAAAUAAUCAAAACAUCUUUCAUUUGACAUCAUUUGGAAGAGAUUUUGCAGAGGUUGGCAAAUCGUUUAUUUCGCCUCCCCUGCCUCCCCUCCCCAACUAUUUAAGACAKGAUGUAUUGAUACUAAAAAUAGUACACGGAAGAUAUAAUAGCAAGGAUAAAAGCACGAUAGUCAGUUAGAAACUUCUAUUACAUGCAAACAACUUUCAUCGCGGAAGAAGAAGUUGCUUAGUCUCGAGCACAUUUAAUUGAUAAGAUGCGUUACGGAUUUAUCAAUAAAAAUGGACCCUCCGAAGUCCCUCUGGAGAAGAUACAAAUCCAAAGCUCCCUCAAAGGUUUCACAGCCGAAGUGGUCGCGAYCAUGGAGUACAAAAACAAUUCUGAUAAUCCCAUAGAAGCCAUGUAUGUSUUUCCAGUCGACGAGGAAGCUGCCGUGUGUGGAUUCCAAGCCACUAUUGAUGGAAGAACUAUCGUAGCUGAGAUCCAAGAAAAGCAAGAAGCCCGAGAUACGUACGACGAUGCCAUCAGUAGUGGACAUWRKGCAUUUCUACUGGAAGAGAGCGACGAGAGUUCGGACAUCUUUCAGAUCAAUGUGGGAAACUUGCCGCCACACCAGUCCGCUAGCAUUGAGCUGACGUUUGUGACUACCCUCAAAGUCAUUAAGGUUCUCCAGAAUGCCCUCCAACCAGCCCUUCUUUUGACUGCGGUAACUUGGGACCUUCCAGAAGGGUGCAGUGUGGAGACUAUCCCACAAGAACUGCCACCCAUCUUCAGUGGCAACAGUCUUAUCAUAUAUGGUUUGGUGUCUGGUGAUUCAAGUAUCAAGGGAUCAGUCGCUGUUAGCGGUUUAUUGGCAGUCGGAUCGACAAAUAGAAACAUCAAGCACAAAGUCAGUCUGGAAGCCCUUAAUUCAAACGACAAUAGCUACCUCCUUCAUCGUCUUGCAGCAAAAACCCUCAUCAAGGAGAAACAAGACGCCGACAUUUAUUCUAACCUGAAAUCAACCAAUGUUGCGUCGAAAUUGACGUCGUUUGUAGCUGUGGACAAAGAGAAUAAGAAGCCAAUAUUKUCCGAAACGGGGUCAGUGUUGUUAUGAUGCGUAUAGUGAUGAUGAUGACCUAUCUAAUGGAGAAGAGUUUUAUGAUGACACCAUAGCACGAGCAGCAGCUGUACCGAGAAGUAUGAAGAUGGCGAGUUUUGSUUUGUCGGAUCUUGACUGUGACUACGAGCAGUGUGCUACUGCAUCAUUGCCUGUACGUCGCCAUGCGAUGGGCUUGCCUAAGAGAGCAGCACCAAUGAAAAAAGGUUUUUCUUUUAGCCCAUUUUCAGGAUUCUUCAAAAGUACAUCUCUGAGAAAGAAAGCUUGUGAACCCUUGUAUCAGACGAGAUCUAGAUCCAAAGGAACGAAAGAAACUAAUGAAUACGAUGCAACCAUCGAAGAUUGUUUCUCUAGUGACCUCUAUUAUGACAUGGAGAUUGAAGAAGCGUAUAAUCUGAAAGACGCUCGUGAGGACUUCCCUCAAGGCCACAACAUGGCUUCGAAAACGAGCUGGAAAAAAAAGAUGGAAGUAUGCGAUCCUCCUAUAUUAAAUCUUGGAGAUCGAAACAAGCUAAUGAUGACGACCAAGGAAUUGAAGAAUAUUGCUGUACGAUGAGUGAUCACUAUGUUUAUGGCUCAGCAGAGAUCGGGGCAGCGUCCUUUCAAGAACCUUCUAAC